CACACACACACGUACGAUAACGGACUCACUCAGUUUAACGUGAAGCGUUUCGUUUCCAGCCUAUCAGUGUCUGCACUAACGGGACAAGUUUAAAAUUCUGGGAUACCACGGACGGUCCUUCGCUUUUCUCUCCCCUCGGUGUGAACAUCUCGACCCGGAGUGAGGAGGUUCACCACUGCUGAAAGGAUGAUGCAGAGGGCGAGAGGAGACCACAGACGAAGGUGCAGCCCGCGCUAGAAAAAAUACACCCUCGCUCCUCAUUUUCACCGCCCCAUCACUGCUGUUCCGUCCCCCAGCGUCAUGGCCAACCAUCUGGAGCUGAUCCAGGAGCUGCAGCAGCUGGACAAAGUGCCUAGUCUGGAGAGGCUGCGGGCGGCCCAGAAGCGUCGCACGCAGCAGCUGAAGAGAUGGGCCGUGUACGAGAAGGAGAUGCAGAGCAAGAAGCGAAAGGCAGAAAAGAAAGGACGCAGCGCUAACCAUCUUCAGCAUGGGGAGUCCAAGAAGCACGUGUCGUUUGCCGCCAGCGUGGCGCUUCUGGAGGCAUCUGCCAGGAAUGAUCCAGACGAAG